AUGGCUUCAAAGUAUGUUCCUUGGAUUUGCAUUUGCAAUGAGAGCUUGGGUCCCACAUCGCCGAGACCCCGCUACCCGUCGAUGCCGACAUACCCGAAAGGGCUGUCGCCUGGCGGCGGCGGCGCGGAGGAGAAGGCUGUGUUCGCCGUCACCGGAAUGACGUGCUCCGCAUGCGCCGGUUCGGUGGAGAAGGCCGUCAAGAGGCUUCCCGGAAUAAGAGAAGCCGCCGUUGAUGUCUUGAAUAACAAAGCCCUUGUUCUUUACUAUCCCAACUUCGUCACUGAGGAGAGGAUUCGUGAAGCUAUUGAAGAUGCCGGAUUCGAAGCCACUAUUAUCAAAGAAGAGCCAUUAAAGGACAAGUCAAUCCAAGUAUGCAGAAUCCACAUAAACGGAAUGACCUGCACAUCAUGCUCAUCCACCAUUGAAUCAGCUCUAAAAUCACUUCAUGGUGUCCAAACAGCACAAGUUGCCUUAGCAACUGAAGAAGCAGAAGUAUAUUACGACACAAGACUCAUAAGCUACAAUCAGAUUUUGCAGACAAUAGAAGACACUGGUUUUGAAGCCAUAUUUAUAAGUGUAGGAGAAGACAUAAGCAAAAUAGACAUACAAGUUGAUGGCUUCAAAACUGACUAUUCACUGAAGACAAUUGCAAGAUCUCUUGAGUCCCUACCCGGGGUUCAAGCCAUAGAAACAUACCCGGAGCUGAAGAAGAUUUCGAUUUCGUACAAGGCGGAUUUGACGGGACCAAGGACUUUCAUCGAAGUGAUUGAGUCAUCCGGGUCGGGCCAUUUCAAGGCCAUGAUAUUCCCUGAAGAUCAAGAUGGGAGAGAGAGCCGUCGAAAGCAGGAGAUUAGGCAAUACUACAAGCGCUUUUUGUGGAGCUUGGUUUUCACCAUUCCCGUGUUCUUGACUUCCAUGGUGUUUAUGUACGUGCCUUGGAUAAAGAAGGUUUUGGACAUCAAGGUUGUGAAUAUGCUGACCAUUGGUGAGAUUCUGCGAUGGGAAUUGGCGACUCCGGUGCAGUUCAUCAUAGGAAGGAGAUUCUAUGUUGGAUCCUACAAGGCCUUGCGUCACGGUUCUCCGAAUAUGGAUGUUUUGAUUGCUUUAGGAACAAAUGCAGCCUACUUUUAUUCAGUCUACAUAGUGUCGAGAGCUGCAAAUUCUAGAGAUUUCAAAGGGACCGAUUUCUUUGAGACCAGUUCAAUGCUGAUAACUUUUAUUCUUUUGGGGAAGUACCUGGAGGUUUUGGCUAAAGGAAAGACUUCUGAGGCAAUUGCCAAGCUUCUGAAGUUGGCUCCUGAAACUGCAAUACUACUGACUUUGGAUGAGGAAGGAAAUGUGAUAGGCGAGCAAGAGAUUCAUAGCCGAUUGAUACAGAAGAAUGAUGUGAUUAAGAUAAUUCCUGGGGCGAAAGUUGCUUCAGAUGGUUUGGUCAUAUGGGGGCAGAGCCAUGUGAAUGAGAGCAUGAUAACGGGGGAAGCGCGGCCAGUGGCUAAAAGAAAAGGCGAUACAGUGAUCGGAGGCACAGUGAAUGAGAAUGGGGUGUUGCAUAUUUUGGCAACAAGAGUUGGAUCAGAGAGUGCCCUUUCACAGAUUGUGAGACUUGUUGAGUCUGCUCAGAUGGCAAAAGCUCCAGUACAGAAGUUCGCAGACCGGAUUUCCAAAUACUUCGUGCCAUUGGUCAUCACACUUUCAUUCACUAGCUGGCUUGCUUGGUUUUUGGCAGGAAAGUUGCAUAGCUAUCCACAUUCUUGGAUACCAUCUUCAAUGGACAGUUUUGAGCUUGCACUCCAAUUCGGCAUUUCGGUUGUGGUCAUAGCUUGCCCUUGUGCUUUAGGCCUAGCAACCCCUACUGCUGUUAUGGUUGGUACCGGUGUUGGCGCAUCCCAAGGUGUGCUGAUCAAAGGAGGCCAAGCAUUAGAAAGUGCACAUAAGGUUAGCUGCAUUGUGUUUGACAAGACGGGGACUCUCACAGUUGGAAAGCCAGUGGUUGUCAACACAAGAAUCUUGAAAAACAUGACCCAUCGCGAAUUCUACGAACUCAUUGCUGCAACCGAGGUGAACAGUGAACACCCACUAGCUAAGGCCAUUGUUAAGUAUGGCAAAAAGGUGAAAAAAGAUGAAGAGAACCCUGUGUGGCCAGAAGCAAAAAACUUUGUAUCCAUCACUGGGCAUGGAGUGAAGGCCCUUGUCAAGAACAAGGAAAUAAUUGUGGGCAACAAGAGCUUAAUGAUAGAACACAACUUGGCAAUUCCAGUGGAAGCUGAAGAAGCACUUGAAGAAGCGGAAGGGAUGGCUCAAACUGGGAUUGUAGUGUCCAUAGAUGGGGAAGUGGCCGGUGUUGUGGCCAUAUCCGAUCCGCUGAAACCGGGUGCUCGAGAAGCCAUUUCCAUUCUAAAAUCCAUGAAAAUCAAGAGCAUCAUGGUGACUGGUGACAAUUGGGGUACUGCCAAGUCCAUUGCUAAGGAAGUUGGGAUUGAAACUGUCAUUGCAGAGGCCAAACCUGAGCAGAAAGCUGAGAAAGUUAAGGAUUUGCAGGCUUCAGGCUACACAGUGGCAAUGGUGGGAGAUGGAAUCAAUGACUCGCCGGCAUUGGUGGCGGCGGACGUAGGAAUGGCGAUCGGAGCAGGCACAGACAUAGCCAUUGAAGCAGCUGACAUAGUUCUCAUGAAGAGCAACUUGGAGGACGUGAUAACAGCCAUUGAUCUCUCCAGAAAAACCUUCUCUCGUAUUCGCUUGAACUACAUUUGGGCCAUGGGAUACAACAUCCUCGGCAUCCCCAUCGCCGCAGGAGCGCUUUUCCCAUCCACCGGCUUCCGGUUGCCGCCGUGGAUAGCUGGGGCUGCAAUGGCUGCCUCCUCUGUUAGUGUCGUUUGCUGCUCUCUCUUGUUGAAGAACUACAGGAGACCAAGAAAGCUGGAUAAUCUUGAGAUACGAGGAGUAAUGGUUGAGUAA